GUCGACUGAACAUGAAUUAUAUUAUACAAUUUAAAGCGCAUUUCUGUUUAUGCACGCGAACCCGUCUAACGUUAUUGUUAUUUCGCAGUUAUAUAAAGUAGCAAAUUAUCGAUCCUGAAUAGGUGGCGCCGUGGUAGCCGAUCCUGUUCUUCAACUUCCGGUUUCUGCACUGUGCAACUAAAUUAACGAUGCCAAGUACUUGUUGUUGUGUACCUGGAUGUCAUUUAAGAGGAGGACAUGCAUUUCCAAAUGACUUAAAAAGGAAGGAAAAGUUGGAUCAACGCCAUGGCCCAUACGCAGAUUGGACGAGAACACGAUGAAAUCGUGGAGUCCAUCUCAAUCAGCUGUUGUUUGCAAGGCAGAUUUUACUGAAAAAGACUACGUGCAGGAAACUAUUCAUGGGCGCAAACCCACCAUACAGAGACUUAAAUCUACUGCCAUUCCCAGCCUAUUUUCCUUGACCAAGCAAGAGACUGAAUCGUCCGCAAAAAGAAAAAUCAGGGCAGUUUCCUGUGAAAACAAAAGAACUAAACCUGAUGAAUAUUGUAGUAGAAAUCUAGAAGAAAGUUUUGAUUAUAAAGUUGGUUUUCCUGAAGAAGUCAUUCAUACUGCAGACAGGAUUUAUGACUGUCCACCACCAACUGCCGAGCUAAUGUUGAGCUUCACAGAUGGAAUUACGCAAACACCAUCAAUGCCUAUAUUUUCAGCAGAGAAUUUUGAAAUGAAGACACGUGACACAGCCAUGCAUUUUUAUACCGGUAUUAGAGUUGUAUACUAAAUUUUUAUUUGUUUUCACCACACUUGGUCCAGCAGCACAUUGUUUGAGAUACAUAUAUUUUCAAAUUGAUAGGGUGUCAUUUGAAAAUCAGUUUUUUAUGACUUUGAUGAAAUUGAGGCAUUAUACAACCAACUUUGAACUGUCUAGAUUCUAGAUUGAAACUAGUGUUAAGAAUAUUGUGUAAACAUGGAUUGUUUUUAUGUCUAAACAGUGGCGUGAGGCUAACACUUGGCCAUUAAGUGGUUUAGUCAGGUAUUUUUCGCCAUCCAACUUCAAAUUAAAGUUUCCUACAACUUGGAUUAUUAUUGACAGCACAGAAUAUCCCGUGAUAAAACCUAAAGCUCCUAGAGCUCAGGCAACCUUUUCAUCAUAUAAAAACAGAAACACUGAAAAUACUUGUAUGUUCGACACCUGGUGGUUUAGUCAACUAUGUCUCUAAUGCAUAUGUUGGUUGUACCAGUGACUGUGAAAUAGUUGAAAGAUGUAGAAUAGUUCAAUUAUGUGAUCCAGGUGACAGUGUGAUGGCAGACAAAGGUUUAAAUGUGCAAGAUUUGUUUGCUCACUUUUUUUCAAAAAAAGAAACAGAAUUAGUUCCAAAACUCUUAUACGGGAUAGAAAAGUCUCCAAUUAACACGUGCACAUAGAGCUAAUUAUUGGACUUGGCAAAACAUACAAAAUUCUAAUAAAUCCUAUGAAUGGAACUGAAACAAAACUUUCAUCUGAAAUAACAUUGAGUUGUUUUAUGUUGUGUAAUUUUAGAACUUGUAUUGUGCCAAAGGAUGCAUAAAUAAAAGUGACGCAAUGAA